UUCUCUUUGAAUUUGAAGUUUAAUUUAACUGAGACACAAAGAUGAGUUCAUCUUGGAAUCUGGCAAAUUUAGCAGGUUUUGCAAAAAAAAACAAAAAACAAUAACAAUCAUCCAGCACACAGUGAAGGGGUGAAGGGUUUAAUGUUAAAGUGAAAUGACUAAAUUAUUGAAUCAAAAUAAAAUACAGGUAAAAGCAAGUUUAAUCUGUUCCUGGAUGUUAUUUUUGGUCUUUAAUGGGACUUCAAAGAUUUUGAAAUCCACACAACCUGAUUUAGAAUAGGUUACAGCAGCGUUUAUCUGACCAUAGUUCGUUAAAGUAGACAAAAGCUGGAGGUUAACCAAAGAAUGCAUUUAGAAGUGAUUGUGGUUUAAUAGAUAAUGGUGUCAUUUCCCACAUUUUUGUACUGUAGCACUCGGCACAAAAUGGAGCCUGUACAGUGGUAUUUCUACACUGGACUCCUGUUGUUUUAGCCAUGAUGUUCUUGAUGGCUCAACCUCUUUCCUCCCCCCAUAUCUGCCUGGUUCUGGAGCACUUGUGCUUCUCACGCCUGCCCCUGGCCAGAACACCACUGCCUGACUGAGCAUGUGCAGAGGAGGGCUCUGUUUAUAUUUAGCCACGGACGGUCCAGGCCACUGCCGGUUGGUGUACCCCUCCUUUCCUGCAUGUCCUUCUGGUUCAGGAUGUGACAUCAGGACACUGCCUGAUUGGAGGGACAGGGGCCUGGAUGAAUGGUCUCAGGAUGCGAGACCUCAGUCAGACAUAUGGGCUGCAUCAACAGGAUGAGAACUCGGUGGAGAUGUGCACCUUCAUCUGCAAGGUCCAUGAGGACAGUCCAGCCAAGCUGGCUGGUCUUAAAGUUGGAGACACCAUUGCUAGAGUGAACGAUUCUACCGUGGAAGGCUUCCGCCACAAAGACAUCGUCCAGCUCAUCAGAUCGUCGGGUAACACCAUUAGGUUGCAGACCGUGUACAGUGAUGCUAUAAGAAAAGCUGAACUUGAGGCCCGCCUGCAAUAUUUGAAGCAAACCCUGCAUGAGAAGUGGGAUGAGUACCGCUCGCUGAUGGUGCAGGAGCAGAGGCUGGUUCAUGGCAUCGUGUUGAGUGACGUGGCGUUGUACGAAUCUCUGGAGUCUGCAGGCGUGUAUGGCAGCCUGGGUGCCCCAAGCCCGCUGGUGUCACGCACCUUCAGCUGCUCGGGCAGUGCCAACAGCAGCGUCAGCCAGCUGAGUUCAGCUACAGGCGACGACGACCCGCUCUACCAGACCUGCUUCUACCGGGCCGAGGGCGCCAGUGAGGAUGGCUGCCGGGGCCCUGCCGUGGGUGCGGAGGACCGGUCUCAGCGGACACGGUCUCACUUUCUCCGGCCUGCCAGUGAGCUCUUUGCCUCGGCCAAGACGUCACUGGUGCGCAGUGCCAGCACACGCAGCUACCUGAGAGGCACGUCAGGGUCGGAGACGUCGGUGACAUCGGCAUCGUCGGUGGCGUCGGCGCCUCCCGGAGAGGGAGGUAAGCGCCAGUGCGGUGGUCUCAGCUUGCUGCAGCGGAAGCCCAAACCCAUGAGUUUCAGACGGAGGCUGCUUAAGUUCAUCCCCGGACUGAACCGGCCCCUAGAGGAGGAGGAGAGCAAACUGUGAGUCGCUCGGAGACUGGGUGCUGUGCACCAGGGACACCAGCGCAACGUGCCAAAGAGCCAAACACCAAUGAACAGCUUCGAGAAAGAGAUCAUGAUGAACCAAGAAUGAGGCCAGCCUGGCCAAAAAAGAUCAAUGCUUUCUGUCCAUCUUAACUCAGGUCAAAGGGACAUUUCACAAGAAGGGACAGUUGACAUGUUAAGGUUUUUUUUAAAAUGUAUUUUAAAUGUGAUUUGGACAUUUAUAUUAGAUUUGAUUUCAUUUUCAUCUCAAUUUCUUAACAAACUUAAAAUAUACUUACAAUUUCUGGAAGUGCUUAAGUAUUAUUGCAAUAUUUUCAAAUGCCAUCCAUUCACUCAAAUUGAUUUCAUUUUUUCAGUGCUUCAUUAUAAACAGCAAGAUAAUAUUUUACCUUUUUGUAAAGUAUUUAAAACAACUGGUCAGUACUUUAUAAUAGUUAUUGUAAAUUCAGAAUAUUAAAUCUGUCAAAUAUCUGAGACAAACUGAAUCAUUUCUGAGGGCUCAGAGGAUGAAUAAAGCAUUCAAGCCAUUCAAGCCAUUCAAGACCAAAUUAGAAAUGGGGAGAAAAAAAAGUUGUAAAAAAAUCAAACAGCAAAGAAGCUAAGAAGUGUAACUGGCAUCCUUCAGACUCAGACGUGCGCCUGCUUGCUCUCCAGCUGACAGUCCAACACCUCCAUCACUGCUGCCCCUGUAGCGUGUUCUGCACUCUUGUUAAAUAAGUGAACCUUUUGUAUAUAUUUUUGUUUCUACAACGCCAUUUUUUAAGUUAUUUAUUUAUUUUGCUUUCUUUGUUUAAGAUGAAGGAUAUAUUUUCUGUUGGAUUUUUAUCUUUUGGCUUAAAUUGAAGAAUUCCAAGGACCAUUUAGUGAGUGAGGACAUUAUGCCAAAAGAGGCGGUUACAUGUGUACACGUGUAUUCUGUACUUUGCGAAUGCGGCGAUAAAAUCAAACCUCAAAAUAAACGUAUGCUAUCAUCUGUU